GGGAUUAUCUACAACAGGGAAUUCACUUCAAUUCAAUUCAUCAAGAAAAGAGAAAGAUAUCAAGCAGAAAUGUUUAAAAUUAUCGCCUUGUGUACUCUUUUGGCUUCCGCCUCAGCUUUAUCCACCUUUGGCAAACACAACAGUGGUGGUAAUGGUGGUGGUCAUAGCUCAGCUAGCAGUGAUGAUGUCCAUGCCGAAGUAAAAUCCUAUACCUCCGACGUGCGUCCCGAUGGAUUCGAAUAUGCCUACGAUACCACCAAUGCCAUUAACUCGGCUGCUUCCGGUGAUGCCUAUGGCAAUGUUCAUGGUGAUUUCGGUUGGGUAUCUCCCGAAGGUGUACAUGUUGCUUUGCAAUAUACUGCCGAUGAGAAUGGCUAUCAACCCAAUAGCGACAUUCUGCCUACCCCACCACCAAUUCCUGCUGCCAUUUUGAAGGCCUUGGAAUACAUUCGUACUCAUCCACCCAAGGAGGAGAGCAACAGUUAUCAUGCUGCCAGCAGCAAUAAUAGAAAUAGUUUCAGACAUUUCUAAGGAGCAAACAUUUCCAGGAAAAGUGAGAUUUUAAAUUCCUUUCCAGCAAUUGAAGGGAUGAUUUAAAAUACUUUGUAAAAUAUGCAAUGCUAGAUAAUGUUUUUCACACACCAAAGUAUUAAAUACAACAUGUCCAAUAUAACUCAGGAUUUCCAUUUUGGAAAUUUCUGGUGUUAUUCAAAACAGUGCAAAGUAAA